AUAAUUAUAUAUAUAUAUCAUUAUACUUUAGACAGAAAUGAAUACCGACAGGAAAAAACAGAUCCGAUUUAAACCUGAGGAUGAUCUACGGCUUUUAAGGGAAGUUGUCGGGAGUAAUCCCCUGAGAAACAAAAACAAAUGGGCUGAAAUAGCUGAAACUCUAUCAACAUCGACUUUUAUUCUGGACAGUAGACGAGUGAGAGAACGUACAAAUCUCCUCAUUGAACAACAUAAACGAGAAACUAGGGAACAUCUUAAAAGAUCUGGUGUCGAUGAAGAUGUUUCGGAAAAAACAAACCUGCUGGACGAUGUCAUAGAAUUGAAAAAUGAAGAGGAGAGAGAGAAGAAAGAAGAAAAAGAAAAGAAGGACAGAUCAGAAAAUUUAGGGAAAGAAAUCAGGAAAAGGGCACUUGAAUGCCUUACACCAAAGAAAAAUGACGAAUGCGAUUUGCCAGUACUCAAGAAGAAGAAUUCGCAGACGUAUCUUGUGGACUAUUUAAAAGAAAAAUCAGAAAAUGAGAUAUCUAUGAGAAAAUCAGAAAUGGAAGUAAGAAAAGAAGAAUUAAAGUUGGAGAAGGCAAAGUUUGAAAUGGAGCGAGAGGAACGGAUGCAGAGAAUGGAAAUAGAAAAGCAAGAGAAACUUGCUUUCAUUGAUUUACUUAAAAAAUUAACGAAAGAUAACUAAUCAUAAAGACUGUUCAGAAGUGUAAAAUUUUAUUCCAGAUAUUUGUUUAAUUUAUCUGAAUAAACUAAACGAUUAAAGUCAGUCUUGUUCAUAUAUGUGUCCACGUUACAACACACAUUCUAUACAUUUGAACACAUUUAGGCCAGAUAUUCCUGUAGUGAUGGGGGAGACAUAUCAAAGAAAGCGCCAGUUUCGCUCCCGUACAAAAUAGUGUGACAAUUAGUAAGGAUUGAAGCUACCCUAUAGUACUUUCCAACAGGUUGUAGAUAGAGCUUUUGAUUUUUCUUGUAAUCUAAAAAAGAAAAGAGAGUUAAGAUUUUGCCAAAAGUCCAUUCCACGCAGACUCUCACUGCGGACAUCCUUUUGUUAAAUCGCAGUUGAUUUGCAGUAAUUACACCUCCUCGAAAUGGGGGAAUUAUGUCAGGCGAUAACGGGUACGCAGGGUCGCCGUAGACAGAAUAUACAUCAUCGUUUGGUUUUGUCAUAUGUUGAUACAUCUGGUAUUCAACGUUGCUUUCCCUUAACAUACCGUCAUCAUGACGACGGCCUUCAACCGGGCCAAAUAGAUGCGCAAUCAUACCAUCAGGUGUCGUUAUGCACUGAAAUUUUAAACCGUGUACUCUUUUGUGACCAUUAAACACCACCUGCUGAUGAGACUGAGGUCUGCAUAUCGGUCUGACAGUUCCGUCAAUGAACCCCCAGCAAUUGGACAG